CACCAAGCUUCCCUUCAUUCAUUAAGAUCUCUUAAGUUUCUUGACAUUAUAUAGCCAAGCUAAAGGACAUUCUCUUCUUCAACCAACUCUCUCUUCUCUUUGCAAACACCCACAACCAGAACAUAUGCAAUCAUCAAAGCAAACCAUGCAGAUCAUUCUUUUCAGUUUGAUCUUUUCUUCUUCCCUUGCUCUUUUUCUGCUUCCGUUCUGCCAAGCCAACGUUACUGCCGCCCCUAGAGGCCGAGUCCUGUCAAAUUGUGGGAUCCAGGCGAUUUUCAACUUUGGCGACUCAUAUUCCGAUACCGGGAAUGCCCUGGUUGAAUCUCAUGGUGGGGGGUACAUGGGCAAAUUUCCCUAUGGCAUGUCAAUCCACCAGGCGACGGGGAGAUUCAGCGAUGGCUACUUAAUCAUUGAUCACAUUGCUCGUCGGAAGCACGUGGAGUCGUCGUUGUUCCUACUCACCGGUGCAUCGGCCAACGACUACUUGAGCAUAAAUGUGAACUCCAGCCUCCAGCGGAUGAAAGACAUGGUGCCUGAUGUAAUUGCAGCAGUUAAGACUUACAUUAAGCAGCUCAUAAUUAACCAUGGUGGCACCAAGGUGGUGGUGGUGGGAGCUUUUCAAAUUGGGUGCGGGGUGAGAUUUGAUUUCCAUGGGGGCACCAAGUUUCAUUGCAAUAACAGCAGCUUCAAUUCCUUGGCCACACUUCACAACCAACUCCUCAAGGAAGAGCUUCGAAGGCUAAGAGACGAGUUUCCCGGCACUCGAAUCGUCUAUGGAGACAUGUGGGAUGCCUUUCAAUGGAUCAUGGACCAUUUUUCUGGUCGAUCGGUGCGUGCGUAG